UAAGCAUGUUAGAGGGAUUAGAGGGGACAGUAUAAAAGCAGGGAGCAAGCCAUAGACCAGAACAACACCAGCUGACCAGAGAGGCAUCAUCCAGAAUCCAGACGUGCUACUGCAACAACAGAUCAUAAAAGAUGGCAGACGCACCCGCACCUGCUGACAAGAAGGCACCUCCUAAGUUCAAGCAGAGGACAACCCGUACCUUCAAGAGCAAGGCCCCGAAACCAGGCCAGAAGGGAUUUGGAGACGACAUCCCCGGCAUGGAGGGUCUCGGCACAGACUUCACAGUGGUCUGCCCAUGGGAAGCCUUUGGGGACAUGGAGCUCAGCGACCUGGCGAAAUUUGGAAUUGUCUAAAAACGCUCCUGUGUCCUUACCUCAAUUAUAUUACCUCCCUGCACUACUUUUCCUACACCGAGUCCUCGUAUCUCUCACCUCACAGCUCAGUUCUUCCUCUCUCCGAUUACCUGAUUACCUGACCUUUAUUGUGGUUAUUAGCCCACAUGUAUUUUGGGGAAAAUUGCACAAAGACUGAUCAGCUUAUAUCCCCAGAGCUGAUCCAAUUAUGUGUCAAAGCAAUUAGAUACUAUUUUAAACAGUUGUUUAUACAAUAUAUAUAUAUACAUGCUUCACUGAGGCGUCCUUGAGCCAAUCCGUUCCCUCCCUUGUACUUUGCACUUGGUUUGUUCUGUUCUCACUGUCGAUUCAGAUCUGCUGAAUUCACUGAACCUUCUGUUCUCUCUUCUGCCUUUGCCACUCCAUCCCCCUCCACCUCUAUGGAGCUAUUUUUUCUUAAUGUAAUGUACAGAUGUUGAUGAAUAUAUACAUAUAUAUUUUUAUUUUUAUGAAAUAUGAAUGUAAAGUUGUGCACACUACCAAUGUAGGAAUGGAAGUUAUGGUUGAGUAGAACUGUCAAUAAAUAUUUUCCCCUAUA